AUGGUAGGCUACAAGAAGUGGAGGGAGGCCUGCAGUGAUGAAGCCUGCUUGAAGUUCAUCUUUGUUGUGGUAGCACAGCUCCUUCAUUUCAGUCUGGAUCUGAAGAGCCUAACAUGGAUUGCCCCAACACAACAGAGCACCAUCACAAAGCAGAAGUGGGACAGUGACAGAGGUGACAUUGAAAUAUAUAGAGCCUACUUAACCACAACAUGCAUUGAGUGGCUAAAGAAGUAUGUGCAGUAUGGGAGCAGCACUCUGGAGAGAAAAGUCCACCCAGAAGUCACUCUCCUCCAGAAGGACUCUGGAGUGGCGUGCCAUGCUACAGGCUUCUACCCUGACCAAGUGAUGAUCACCUGGAAGAGAGAUGGAGAGGAGAUGCAGGAGGACGUGGAUGUGGGGAGACUGCCCAAUGAGGAUGGAACCUUCCAGAAGAGAGCUGUGCUUGCCGUGUCACCGGAAGAGAGGAAGAAGGGGCAGUACACCUGUGAGGUGGCCCAUAAGGGCGGAACUCCCAUUCUUAAGACCCUGAUUGUGGAAGAUGGUAAGAACCAACACCACAGAAUUCAGCAGUUACUGAUGGAACAUUGCAUUGUUACAUGUUGUUUUGGUGUUAGUGAAUUUGGUAUAAAAAUAAUUUCUGUAACCUUAUAUGCCUUUUGAUGAACCAAACCCAUC